UAUGAAAUCUCUUCUUUCCCCCCCAAAAAAAAAAAAGGGGAAUGGCCUAAAUGGACAACCACCACCACCACCGCGGCCAUACAAGCUCCGUCACCGCCUUCUCUUUUAUAUCCAACUGGGACGACGAACCGUUCACCGACGAAGACCUCCAAACCAUUGAAGCUGCUCUUCAAUCCGCCUCCAAAAGGCCACGACCCUCCUCUUCUCACAACCACGAUGACGAUGACAACCAUAAUUCCGGCAGUCCAGAUCCCCCAACCGUUCGUGUUGGUGGUGGACGCCGCCGAAGAUUGCCCAGUUCCAUUCCCGCUUUCCAGGAUCCGAACCCAUUCUCUCUUUCGCCUUGCCGAGCCAAUUUAAGGAUGAGAUACCCUGUGAUGAAGUUUGGAGGUCAAAUUACAUAUAGCAGGACUGCCGUUGAAGUGGAGGCAGCUGCAACGGAGAUCCUAAAGACUGUUGAAGCAAAGAAUAGAGAAGUGGGUGAAGCUGCAGUCGGAUUUGACAUUGAAUGGAGACCUACAUUCAAAACAGGUGUUUCACCUGGGAAGGCUGCGGUUCUGCAAAUAUGUGGGGACACUAGUCAUUGUCAUGUUAUGCACAUUAUCCAUUCUGGGAUACCUCAAAGUCUGCGUCUACUUCUCGAGAAUUCUACACUUUUAAAAGUUGGAGUUGGCAUUGGCAAUGAUGCUGUUAAGGUUUACAAAGAUUAUAAUGUAUCUGUUAAGGCGGUCAAGGAUCUCUCCUAUCUUGCCAUGCGAAAACUUGGUGAAUCCCAAAGAUGGGGUCUUGGUUCUCUCACUGAGACACUCAUCUCCAAACAGCUUCCGAAGCCCAAUAGAAUUAGACUUGGAAAUUGGGAGGCUGAUGUUUUAUCAAAAAAGCAGUUAGAGUAUGCUGCCACCGAUGCUUUUACUUCAUGGUAUCUAUAUGAGUUGUUUUGGUAAACAGGUAUUGAGAGGCCUCCCUGAUUUUGAAAAAGUGGUAGCUGAAGACAGCAGCAAGGAAUCAAAAGCUGCGUCACCACAAUGUACUUUGCCUUGAACAUCAGAACCAGUUGGCCAAUCAAAUGCUACUAUGGUGGAAAUGAGAAUCGUUUCGUUGUGUUAGGAUCUAACCCUGAUGUUUUUUACAAUCUUGCUACUGAUGCAGCAGUUUAGCGAUUAUUUGGGUUAAUUUUGUGCUUAUAUUUUUAAUGUUAAAAAUUAUCAACACUCUCUACUAGAAAAUUAAUUAAGGUUGUUGGUGUUUUUAUUUUUAUUUUUAUGUUUUUAAAUGUAUUCUGAAAUGAGUAAAACCCAGUUCAUUUCAAUUUAUCUGCAGUAUCCUUUAUUUGCUAAA